AUGGCUAUGAUGACAGCUUUUCCUUUCUCCCUUAUAGAUACUGCAGGAGAAUGGUUCUUUUGCUUACCUCCUGGGAGUAUAACCACAUGGAAUGGGAUGAAAAAGUUAUUCCUUGAGAAGUAUUUUCCGGCAUCAAAAGCAGUUGUGAUUCGCAAGGAGAUUUGUGGUAUUAGACAAGGGUUGCUUUCUAAUGAUAGAAAUUUGAUCGAUGCCGCAAGUGGUGAUGCACUCACCAACAAAACCAUUGCUGAAGCUACAAGCUUGUUAGAAAACAUGGCUGCAAACACUCAACAAUUCUACACUCGAGGUGAAUCAGUGGUAAGGAAAGUGAAUGAAGUUGGUGAUUCUCCACACAUGGAACAAAGGAUGGGUAACAUGGAGAGGAUGAUGCAACAAAUAGCAGAUGCCGUCAUACCAUCAUCACACACCGAAGAUUUUGAGCAAGCAAGUGCUAUGUACCAAAAUCAACAAAGGCAGAGGUAUGAUCCGUACUCCAACACAUACAAUCCAGGUUGGCGUGAUCAUCCCAAUCUCAGCUACGCCAACAAGCAAGCUGCAGCAAAUCCUACUUUCAAUCAACAAGGAGGGUACCAAUUCAUGCAAAGACCACAACAAGAAACUCAAGGUACAAGUGUGGAUGAAAAGUUUACUCUUAUGAUGCAAAGUAUGCAAGAGAUUUCAAAGACAAUGCAAGGGUUCAAUCAAUUCCAGCAGAAAUCCGAGAUGGCUAUGAGAGAUGUGCAAAACCAAGUUAGUCAAUUGGCUAAUGAUAUGAAUCAACUCAAGGCACAAGGAUCUGGAAAGCUUCCUUCGCAACCACUAAAUCAUAAGGAGAAUUCCAAUGCUAUUGAGCUACGAAGUGGGAAGCAAGUUGAGAAACCAGCAACAUCACCGGUGUCCCAUGAACCUGAGUUGGAGAAAGAAGAGGGUGAAACAUCCCCUAAAAAGGCUGACCCGGUAACAAAUUCUAAAUCUAAAAAUCGUGUUUCUACUUAUGCUACUCCUCCGCCUUUUCCUAGCAGGUUUGCAAAGUCGAACAAGGAGACAUUGUACCAAGAGAUCUGGGAGAUCUUUAAGAAGAUUAAAGUGAACAUUCCACUCAUUGAGGCGAUAAGGCAGGUUCCUCGCUAUGAAAAGUUCUUGAAGGAAUUGUUUGAACGUGCUUUGCUAGAUUUAGGAGCAUCCAUUAAUGUCAUGCCCGCUUCAGUUUAUGAAUCCUUGAAACUUGGUCCUCUUAAAAAUAUCGGUAUUGUUAUACAACUUGCUGAUAUGUCUAAUACCUACCCGAAAGGGGUUAUUGAAGAUGUUUUGGUGCAGGUUAAUCAACUCAUAUUUACGGUGGAUUUCUAUGUUCUUGACAUGAUGGAUGAAGAUUCACCAUCGUCUACUCCCUUGUUGUUGGGUAGACCUUUCAUGCGAACCGCAAGAACAAAGAUAGAUGUUUUCAAAGGCGUCUUAACUAUGGAAUUUGAUGAUGAGAUCAUAAGUUUCAAUAUCUUCGAGGCUAUGAGAUAUCCUACUGAUGUGCAUUCAUGUUUUUCAAUUGAUAUUAUAGAUUCUCUUACCCAACAGGUUUUUGAAUUGAAUGGUGAUGAUGCUUUAGAGAACAGCAUAGUGGAAGGUUUAGGUUAUGGAAAAUACAAAGACUUUGAAAGUGAAUUGUCUAUUUGUGAUGAGCUUAAAGAGGAACCUAUCCUUGAGUUGAAACCUCUUCCGGAUCACCUCAAAUACAUAUAUUUAGGUUAUAAGGAAGGGUUUCCGGUGAUCAUUUCCAAAGACCUUACCAAGGUGCAAGAGGAGAAACUUGUUCGAGUGCUAAGAGAGUACAAGUCUACCAUUGGGUGGACCAUUGCCGAUAUCAAAGGAAUCAGCCCUUCCACAUGUAUGCACCGAAUACUUCUUGAGGAGGGGGAAAAACCAACAAGAGAAGCUCAACUUCGCUUGAACCCUCCAAUGAUGGAAGUAGUCAAGAAAGAAAUCCUGAAGUUGUUGGAUGUCGGGGUUAUCUAUCCCAUAUCCGAUAGCAAAUGGGUGAGCCCGGUUCAAGUCGUUCCAAAGAAGUCUGGUAUCACCGUGGUGAAAAACGAAGAUAAUGACUUGGUUCCAACAAGAAUUCAGACCGGUUAUAACCAGAUUGUAAUAGCUCCGGAAGAUCAAGAAAAGACGACGUUUACUUGUCCCUUUGGCACUUUUGCGUAUAGACGUAUGCCAUUUGGCUUGUGCAAUGCUCCAGCCACUUUUCAACGUUGUAUGACUUUUGCAGAAAGAUUGGCCUUUGAUUGUGACAAAGAAUGCAAGGAAGCUUUUGACACCUUGAAAGAGUUGUUGACUACCGCACCAAUUAUCAAACCACCGUACUGGAGCAAGCCAUUUGAGUUGAUGUGCGAUGUAAGUGAUUAUGCCGUUGGAGCCGUGUUGGGACAGCGAGAUGGUAAAGUUCCAUAUGCCAUUUAUUAUGCUUCUAUAACUCUCAACGGAGCACAAAUCAACUACUCCACUACUGAAAAGGAGCUCUUGGCCAUAGUAUUUGCACUAGAGAAGUUUAGAUCUUACUUGGUGGGUACAAAGGUGGUUGUUUUCUCCGACCAUGCAGCACUUCGAUACUUGAUCACAAAGAAGGAGGCUAAGCCAAGGCUCAUAAGGUGGAUUCUUCUUCUUCAAGAGUUCAACUUGAAAAUCAAGGAAAAGAAGGGCAGUGAGAAUACCGUAGAGGAUCAUCUAAGCAGAUUGGUUGUGUCAUAG